AUAAUCGACAUGCUGAAGAGAAGCGUCUGUAGGUUACCACUGUUCUGGAAAAUUUAUCUCCCCACCUUGGCCGGUUUGAUCGUGUACAAUGAAUAUCUCAUACAUAUCUAUCACAGUCUGCGGUGGUCGGAACUACAAUGUGAAACUGAUACCUGUGUGAAAGUGCUCUUGGUGGCUGAUCCACAAAUUUUGGGAAAUACUUUUGACAAGAAGCUCUACUGGCCUUUAGCGAACUUUGACUCCGACCGGCACCUGAAGCGCACCUACAAACGGGCAGUUCAACAUACGACGCCGGAUGUUAUCUGUUUCCUGGGAGAUCUCAUGGACGAAGGCAGCGUGGCAGACGAUGUGCAGUUUGCGAACUACUUCAGUCGCUUCGUUAACAUUUUUUCCCAACCCACGGCAGAUACCCAAAUGCUCUUCAUCCCCGGCGAUAACGACAUUGGCGGAGAAGGUUUUGAAGUUGUCAAGUCGGAUAAAGUGCUACGAUUUAAACAAUAUUUUAAUGAACAAGACGAGUGGACAGAGCACUCAUUGUUACAAUUUGUCAACGUGAACCGCAUCACUAUGACGUUACCUCCAAAUGCAGACCCCCGUGAGCAAAGUUCUUACACGGUUUUCUUGAGCCACAUGCCAGUGCUACGAUGGACUGAUCCGUUCACCUAUCAGGCGAUCGAAGAUUUUCAACCCAAUGUAAUAUUUUCGGCCCAUGAACACAAGUCACUGUACGUGAAAACGCACCGCAACCGUUUAUCGCAGCAGGUUCCGUUCGUCCCCCUCAACACCGAACCGGGUAGUCGACACGAGGUUCUAGAGUUUAAUUUGGACUACUUGAAGGAUACGCGUGAGUUACUGGAAUUUGUGGUACCAACGUGUUCGUACCGGAUGGGUGAGAUGAAGAUAGGCUACGGUUAUGCCGUGUUUGACGGGGACAAACUGCGGUACACCGUCCUGUGGACGUCCCAGCGCUUCUACCAGCUAGCUGUGUACUCCAUGAUGCUAUUGCCAUUAAAGUUAGUGUGUGGCCAGAUUUGGUGCAAUAUUCUGAAAAGGUAUUGGUGUUGCUGUCGAAAGCGGAAUCGCAACUAUUUGCCCCUCCCGAUGGUGUAG